GCGGAUCUCCUCUUCGUAUGUUUUUUCAGUCUCGGGUGGAGUCUUCAUCCCGUCGCUUCUCUACGGGCAGCGAGGAGGAUUUCUUUUUUUUUUUUUCAAUAGUUUGACUGCUGCUUGUUAACCGCCAAGACAUUGAACUAGCUCCUCGAAGAUGACGACGACCACCACGUUUCAAGGGUUAGACCCCGGUUCUAAAAGCAGUUCCAGGGUACUACGACCGCCCGGUGGGGAGUCCAACUUCUCCCUUGGCACAGAUGAAAACGCAACCCCCCAGCGCAAGAACAAGAUGGCCUCUAGCAUCUUUGCAGAACCCGAUGACCCCCAUGCUCAUCGAAGGAACAACCCACCAACUGGGGCACCUACAGGAACCCUGUGCGGAGAGCCCUCAGCCCCUCUGAGGAGGGUCCAGCAGCCUCUCCUCUUCCCCAAGAACCCCCAACCGGAGCUGACCACCAUCCACAACUCUGGAGCCGCCAUGGUCUGGAACCAGAGACGAGAGGGCGAGAACGGCCAGGAACAAGCAAACGACGAAAGUCCUGAAGACAUGGAGGGGGAGCAGAAGGAGACAUCACAGUCCCCCGCCCCGUCGGGAGGUGCCAACGCUGCCGCAGGUGGCCGAAGAAACCCUCCCGGUGGCAAAUCCAGCCUCAUCCUGGGUUGAGCCAGCUCCUUUUCUUUUUGUUUUCUUUUUUCAUUCAAUCACUUUUUUUAUUUUUUGAAGAUAAAAACACCCUCACCACUCUCUUCCUCCUCAUAAACAUGUCACUGUCCUCUCUCCUCCUCCUUCCCAUGCUGUCAAGUCCACGGACUCUCAUAUCCUCUCACUCCACCCUCAAACCUUUUGUUUGAUCCUUUUUUCUAUUGAAAGAAGAAAACUGUUGACAAAAGCACUUUAUGUAUCUCCUACACCCUUUCCAUUUCAGCCCAUCCUGUAGUGCAUCGCGCCUGCUGGGAAAGGCAUGACAUUUUAGCUUGUCCCUCAUUUCUUCCCCGGUGUAAAUGGUAAAACAAAAAAACAUAAUAAAAAAGAGGUGAUGUGUGGAUUUCUAAAUACAAUAAAGAUUCAUAUGAAAUUGC